CCGCCGCCCCUCUCAGCAAGAGGCGAUGCCCUCCGUGCGGCCCCCGCUGCUGGCCUGGCUGCUGCUGGCCCUGGCCCUGCCCCUGGCUGCGGCUCGCGGUCCCUGGACCAAGGCGAACACCGCGUGCCACAUGGCGGCGGCGGUGGCGGAUCGCGCCCGGCUCCGGAGCUUCCUGUGGCGGCGUCCCGGCGGGCUCCCUCCGGUUCUGAUCCACGGCGCGUGGGACGCCCGAGGGCGCCUGCUGGAGUGCGCCUGGCACGCCGAGCCCGCGGUCCUCGCCUGGUACCGGGACUCCUGCGAGCGCGGCGCCGGGGGUGGCCCUUUGGAGCGCGCCUUUUGGGGCCCGGAGCUCCGGCGAGACCUGGACGCCUUGGCCGAGCGACGGGACUCCUGCCGGGGAGCGGAGCGGCUGGGGCAGGCCUGGGGCGGGGGGGCCCAACGAGCGGAACCGGGAGCCGGCAGAGGCAGGCGGGUGCGACGCGGCUGGACCGUGCCGGGCACGCUUUGGUGCGGCGCGGGCAACUCGGCGGGCAACGUUUCCGAGCUGGGAGUUUUCCAGGGCCCAGAUGUGUGCUGUCGAGAACAUGACCAGUGUGAAAAUCAGAUCGAUGCCCUGGGAUACAAAUAUGGGAUGCGGAAUUACCGAUUCCACACCAUCUCUCACUGCGACUGUGAUGCUCGGUUCAGGGAGUGCCUGAUGACUCUCAACGACACCAUCUCCAACUUCAUUGGCGUCAGCUUCUUCAACCUGCUGGAAAUCCCUUGCUUUGUCCUGGAGGAGAAUGAAGACUGCGUGGAUUGGAAUUGGUGGGGCGGGUGUAAGAGAUAUGGCUCGAUACCUUUGGCUCGUCUGGUUGAACAAAGCCUAUACGGACCCAACCUACCAUUCAGUGAGAAAUCUGACCAUGUCACAUCUCCUCCUCCUCGUCAUCCUGGGAGACAUAGAGGCAAAGGCCGGAAGCACCCUCGAAAGAACCGCCGGAAGCACCCUGACCAAGGGGCUGCCAAGAGGGAGAGGCUGGAUCCAGAACAUGACAAGAGGCAGGAUUUGGUCACUCCACAGGUCCCCAUUUCCUGGCUAAAUCGGACUUUGUCUCCAACUCCCAAAAGCCCAAGGACUACCCCAAUGCUUUUGUUGCCCACUGUUGGGGCCACAGCAGAAGCAGGUUUGUUGCAGGCAGGAGCUACUCCAUACACCCAGCAAGCCCAUCCGAAAGAAGCCCAGCCACCUAGUGACAGGCUACAGACAGAGAAACCACUCUUGGUCACCAGUGGGCACAGAUACACCGCUGAGCCGAGCAGUUCAGCUCCCUCCCAGAGCUGUAACUGCUACAGACGUUUGGAUCAGUGCCCGUACAGGAUUGCGCCCAAUGAGGUCAAGUACCAGCUGCACAAUGUGGAUUCCCGCACCCUCUUCCACUGCAACUGCACCCGCAGGCUGGCCCGAUUCCUGCGCAAGAUGAGGGGUCCCAACGAGGUGGAGGAGGAAGUGCUGUCUGACUACGUCUCCUCCUUCUGUUUCCUGUUGCAAGCUCCACCAGGCUGCAUGGAGGGAGAGGAAGAGCGCCCCAAUUGCAUUGAUGUAGGCAGAGCCAUCUUGGCCCCUGCCCGCCACCUCACGAACAGACUGACACGGAAGCAACCAGGUGCCUCCUCCAAAGAGAAACGGCAAGAACGGACACUGCUGGGCAGCCCUGGGCAGCUGUAUGAAAAGUGUAUGCAGUUGGCACAGGCCUCACACCCUACCAAGCCUCGCUGAGGUGGAGACAGAAUUUCCAAGGGCACAUUGUGGGGAAAGGGGGAGCAAGGCCGAGUAAUGGGCCAUGUCCAGACCAGGCCUAAGAUUGACUGAGCUUCCCUGGUGGAAUUUGCACUGCUUACAGGGUUCAGUGUGACUUUUGGAUUGCCUUUGCUGGACUAGCAGAAGCAAAAAAAAAAAAAUCCGGGUCAAAGCACUGGAACUACCUCGACAGGUAUGAAAUGCGUGCUCUCCUGCUGCUUCCCGCCUCAAGCCUGGACUUUGAGACAGAAAACUGUGCACUGUGUGGAGGCUGGGAUAAGCCGCUAUGCACGUGACCCUAAAAGAGGGAACAGCCUUCCUCCAAGAUGUGGUUACUGUAGGAUUCCAAGCACUUGGUCAGUGGCUGUUGGGUUUGUCCAUUUUCAGCAAAGGCUGGCCUUCGACCGAUCUAGGACACAUGUCUGGGCCUGGAACAUUGUGGCAUCUCUGGAGGUCAACGAAUCCAAUUUGACUUGAAUCAGGAGAGGCCCGUACUGGUACUUAGCGAGUCAGGAAACCUGGGUCCUCCUGGUGGUACUGUAUGUGAUGCUACGCCUAGCUCUUGGCACAUCAAAGCCUUUUUUAGAGGCAGAAAAGGUCUUGCUGGAUGCUGCAGCUUUGUUAUUUACUACUAAACUCACCCAACAGUUCCCUGGUGCAGAAGGCAGGGGCAGGAACUCUGCAUCUUCCAUAUAAUUUAUUAGGAGGAGGACCUGGCUAGGGGUUAGAAGUGUGGCAUGUAAAUAGUGUGGCAAUAAAGCAUUUUCAUGA